AGCUCUAAUCGAAACAGUCAUCCAAUGAAUCUCUCUGGCAGAGGAUAACUUUCUGCUCCUUGCUAUCGUUUCCUUCAAGAAAAUACAUAUUUUGUAUGCUAUAGAUAUACAUGGGUUUAGGCCUAUCUUUAGCCUACAGAAAAAAACAACUUCAGACGGACAGCUUUUUGGAGCGCUCUACGGACAGAAAAAGAUACGGAAUUCCGAACGUUCGAUUCAUUCUGAAGCGAAAAAAAUGGCUACAAUCUUUGGUUUGAUUCGGGGCGUUUAAAAAAAACCCGAAUACAUUUGAAUUUGUGAUUAGUUUUGACAUGGUUGUAGUCAAAUAUCACGGUGCGAAAUCAGUCUGAUUGGCAACAGCUGUUGCGCUAUAGAUGUAAUCUGCGGAACGAGUAGGCCUAAUUGCGUUUGCCGACUUUUUUGAACGCUUCAAUUAAUUGAUCAUAGUAUCAACCAGCGACCGAAAAAGUUGCUGAAAACAAGCUAACACGUCAUCAGACUUCAGGUUGCUAGAAGGGGAUUUCAUUCAGAGGACAUGGAAUCUACAAAAGCAGGGGGUGUAAUAGCCUACAUCAGCUCCUCUAGCCCUGAGUCAUGUCAUAGUGACUCAAAUGACUGCAGCUAUAACUCCUCCCACAGCUGUCGCCAGGACAACGUGGUGAACAAGCCCCUAAACAUGGCAGGCCUCACCCUCCCGCUGGCCCACACUAUCGCAAAGACCGGACGCUCGCUCUCCACUGCAAAAUGCGACAUUACUAUGGGUGCUGUUGAGAUGUUUUUGCACAAACCAACGGCCUGAUGCUGCUGUGUAAGGUGUGCGGAGACAUUGCAUCUGGAUUCCACUAUGGGAUUCAUGCCUGUGAGGGCUGCAAGGGUUUCUUCCGUCGGAACAUCCAGCGGAACAUCCAGCGGAACAUCCAGCAGAACAUCCAGCAGAACAUCCAGCAGAACAUCCAGCAGAACAUCCAGCAGAACAUCCAGUAUAAGAAGUGCCUGAAGAACGAGAGCUGUGCCAUCAUGAGGAUCAACAGGAACCGCUGCCAGCAGUGUCGCUUCAAGAAGUGUCUGCUUGUCGGCAUGUCCAAGGACUCUGUGCGUUUUGGCCGCAUCCCAAAGCGUGAGAAGCAGCGCAUGCUGCUAGAGAUGCAGAGUGCCGUGAACAACAUGACGAACAACAGCCAGCUACACAGCCAGGUCCACUGCAACACACCCUUCCCCUGGCCAAUCCGCUUCAGUCGCCAGCCUGCCCCGUGGAGCCCCGCCCCCAAUAUUGUCUCCAUCGAGUGCUUCAGACUGCGGGUCAGAGGAGGUGAUUGGCUCGGUGACCCGGGCCAACCAGGAGACCCCCCCCAGUCCCAGGCCUACGCCCAGCUGACCUCCCCGGGGGCGGAGCAACAUCUCAGUGACACUGGAAAGAGGCUAGACGAGGGGAACCGGAACCAACAGGAGGACGGGAACCAGCAGAUUAAGAACCAAAACCACCAAAAUAACCUGGCCUCAUUCACAGCCGCUCAGGCCCAUUACCAGGCUCAGCAGAGGCCCACCAACACUGGGCCUCAAGGUACUGACAGCCACCAUCGCCAGGAGGACCACACCACCAGCCUUAGCGAGAACUACUGCCCCUACAGCAGGGACAGACUGCCCACCUGCUCCCCUAGUGGCCACUGCCCAUCCUACGCCCAACAUGGCCUGAGAGGAGGCAACAACAGCACUAGCCAGGCCACCUCCAAUUCCCAUGGAGGAUUCAGUGGACUACUGUGGAACAGGGGCAACAGGAUGCAUCUGCUGUGUCCCAUGAACACGUCUCCCCAUAUGAACCCCCACAAUUCAGGCCAUGGGAUCUGGGAGGAGUUCAGCCACAGUUUCACCCCAGCUGUCAGGGAGGUGGUGGAAUUUGCCAAGCGGAUCCCAGGCUUCAGAGACCUCUCCCAACAUGACCAGGUCAGCCUGCUUAAGGCUGGCACCUUUGAGGUAAAGACCAACCUCAGAACACUCACUUACAAUCUUUUAUUCGUCUGCAGUCACUUCACCCAGACUCAUCCCAGCGUCUGCAGUCACUUCACCCAGACUCAUCCCAGCGUCUGCAGUCACUUCACCCAGACUAACCCAGCGUCUGCAGUCACUUCACCCAGACUCAUCCCAGCGUCUGCAGUCUCUUCACCCCAGCGUCUGCAGUCUCUUCACCCCAGCGUCUGCAGUCGCUUCACCCCAGCGUCUGCAGUCGCUUCACCCCAGCGGCUGCAGUCGCUUCACCCCAGCGGCUGCAGUCGCUUCAGCCCAGCGGCUGCAGUCGCUUCAGCCCAGCGGCUGCAGUCGCUUCAGCCCAGCGGCUGCAGUCGCUUCAGCCCAGCGGCUGCAGUCGUCAGCCCAGCGGCUGCAGUCGCUUCAGCCCAGCGGCUGCAGUCACUGUUUGCCGUGAAAGACCGCAUAGUGACCUCCAUGAUGGAGUUCAGCGACAAGCUGAUGGGGCUCAGCCUCAGCGAGGAGGAAAUGAGCCUGUUCACCGCUGUCGUCCUCAUCUCUGCCGGUAGGCUCACGAACUGUGACAUUGUGACCCCACUCACAGGUCUGGAGGCUCUUCAGGAGACUCUGAUCCGGCACCUGAGGGGCCUCAUCACUAAGAACCACCCUAACGAGUCGGCCAUAUUCACCAGACUGUCCGACCUCCGCUCCCUCAAUAACAUGCACUCUGAGCAGCUGCUGGCCUUCAAGGUCCAUCCCUAGACCAGAACUAAGGUCAGAACCUGGGGUGUAUUCAUUAGGCACCAAAUGGAAGAACAUUUACUGAAAUGGGGGAGGUACUACCUGAACUUGUCCAAUAAGAAAUGCUUGUCGUUGUCGUCGUCCCACCCCCCAUUGCAAAACCUUUUGCUAAGGUGUACCCUAAUGAAUAUGACCAUGGACACUGGGCCUGAGGACCACAAAGCCCAUUUAUCCACCCACCCUGACACACCUCGACCAGCUAUCCCAAUGAACUAUGAACCCUGACCUCCCAAGAGAACCCUCUUAUUCUGCCACUCACUUCACGUGAUCUUUUUCCUUCACAAAGAAGUUGAACUAGUGGGCAAAUGUGUCACGGUUACAGGGGAGGGAGGCUUAAGACUUAAGUCAUUGUACUGUGAGGCUGAAAGGCCUUUAUUGUUGAAGUAAUAACCAUGAACGUAAAUGUUCAGACACAAGCAGAAGAUGAAUGUGUAAUGUUUCUUUGUCUUGUUUCUGUGUGUGCAGGACACAUUUGCGACUGUACAACUCUUCUUAGAGAAUAACCUUUUAUUAACAUUGUGUAGUGUGCAUUUUUGCAUAAUUUGUGCAAUAUGAUAUGUGACUGACUAUUUAGACUUUUUGUUUAGCUUUUCUACAGCAGGCUCCCUAACCCUGUUCCCGAAGAGCUAACCUGCCAAAGGUUAACGUUGCUAACCAGUAUAACACCUAUCAACACAUCUCCACUUGGAGACAUUUUAGUUAUUUCAAUGUCAAAAGGAGACAUUUCAUAUUUUAAAGUUGUUAUACCCAUUUCAUAUUUUACACUUGUUGUACCCAUUUCAUAUUUUACACUUGUUGUACCCAUUUCAUAUUUUUCAUUUUGGUGAAAAUUGUUAAAUCAAAACAUGCGGUUUGAUUUUACAGGUGAAAACUGUACUUUUGAUUGCUAAUUAUACAUUUAAUUUGUUUACUGUAAAAAUGUUUUGUGCGCACAUACUUGAUAUCGUGUCUUCGAAGCCCAUUCAGGCUGGGCACCAACUGGUGUACGACUUUGAUUUGUUUUUCUUUCUAUCAUUACACAUAAACACAUGGAGGCUAUGCAGACUUGUGUCAUGUUGCUGUAGGGUCGGUGGUUGUGAGAAGGGAGAGAAACAUUGUAGGAAUGUUUUUGUCAUUCAGUUGGACUCUUAUACAUACCACUGUCUCAAAUGUUUCAACAGAGGACCACUAAACUUGAAUAGAUUGAUGCUUUUGUAUUACAACAUCCUUCUCAUUCA